UGACGUCACAGAAAAGCGCCGAACUCUAGUUUGUAAAGUUUUUAUUAGGAGCUAUGGAUAGCUGAUGAACAAAAGUGAAUAUCUGUCUCAUUUGUCCAUAAUAUAACAGAUCCACUGUUAUCAUACAGAUGGAUGACAUCAAUGUACUACACCACAGAUGUCUCUUGAAUUUGAGGCGUCGAGUGCGUGAUAUUGGGGAUGGGCGACCUGCACAGGAACGUUAUAUGAGGUUGCUGAAGGAUGGGGAUACCCUCAGUUACCAAGGGAACUCUGAAGAGGUGGGUUGUUAUGUGGCUGGUCAUCCUUUAUCAAAGGGAAAUUGCUAUUUUGAGGUGACAAUAGUGGACACGGGGGUGAGGGGGACUAUUGCUGUGGGCCUGGUGCCGAAAUUCUAUCGGCUGGACCACCAGCCUGGCUGGCUGCCAUACUCUGUAGCUUACCACGCUGACAACGGCAAGUUAUAUAACGGGAACCCUGUGGGGCAGCAAUUUGGACCAAAAUGUGCUCGUGGAGACCGCAUCGGCUGUGGAAUUCACUCUGAAAAUAUUGAAGCAGGUGUAACAACAGUCUUUUUUACCAAAAAUGGCAAAGAGGUAGGUUCAGUAGAGGUUCCUGUUUCAGCAGAGGGGCUCUUUCCCGCUGUAGGGAUGCACUCCAUGGGGGAGGAGGUGAGAGUUGACCUGCAGGCUGAGUGGUUCCUAGAGGAAGAUGAUAGUAUGAUGAUGGUGGACAGCCACGAAGAUGACUGGGGACGGCUUUAUGAUGUCAGAGUGAGCGGCACGCUCUUGGAGUAUGUUGGUAAAGGAAAGAGCAUCAUGGACGUGGGUUUGGCCCAGGCCCGCCAGCCACUCACCACCCGCUGCCAUUACUAUGAAGUGGAGAUUGUUGAUGCUGGGGAGAAGUGCUACAUUGCCUUAGGCCUGGCAAGACGGGACUACCCCAGGAACAGGCACCCAGGGUGGAGUCGAGGAUCAGUGGCGUACCACGCAGAUGAUGGGAAAAUCUUUCAUGGCAGCGGAGUUGGAGACGCUUUUGGUCCACGCUGCUUCAAAGGUGACAUCAUGGGCUGCGGCAUCAUGUUCCCACGAGACUACAUCCUGGAUGGAGAAGGUGACUUGGACGACUGGGAGCAACUGGAGGUGCGUCCAGGUCAAGCAAGUGUCCAGAACUUCCUUUACCUCAAUGACGAAGAGGAGGAGGAAGAGGAUGGGGAAGAGGUAGAGCAAGGACAGGACGUCAGGAAGGUCACGGUGUUCUUCACGAGGAAUGGGAAGCUAAUGGGUCGGAGGGAGAUGGUGGUUCCUCCCGGCGGCCUCUACCCCACUGUGGGGAUGCUGAGCAGUGGAGAGAAGGUCAAAGUGGAUCUGCAUCCCCUCAGUGGAUGAGCUGUGUUGAACAUCAGACCUGUGACGCCCUGCAAACAGCUGGCUGCUCUGUAGAGCUCACCCUCAGUAGCCUAGCAUGCUGCUAACAGCCCCACUCGCCAGAUCACCCUCAGUUCAGCCCACGCUGCACCCACGCACUCCAGUAUUGCACGUCACUGUCGUCUUCCACGACACUGCCCUGGCUUUAAUUUAUUAGACGUGUAAAUUCCAGUGUCACGACUGCAACACAACCACAGUCUGACUGUUUGGACAAAUGCUGCAAAGUAGAAGAGGAGGAGACUGUAUGCGGACUUGACGUGUUACAAAGGGCAAAGUGCAGUCGCUGCAGCUAAAAACUCCUGGAAGACAUGAAACUGUUAUUUCUAUGCAAUCUGUAGAGCUAUCCUCUUUUUCUCAGCGGUGUAAAGCAUGUAGUGCGUUUCUGAAACACUCCGCUGUUAAAUGCCUCUCAUGAGGUCUGGCACACUUGGUUCAUUUCAUUUGUCACGACCCCAAGCAAAGCAGAAGGAGGCCAGCAGUCUGAACUUGUUGGCAGUUUGUUUCAGGGAACAGACCCUCUCUCUCUCUCUGUCUCUCUCUCUGUCUGUCUCUGUCUCUCUCUCUCUUUUCUUUCUGGGCCUCCCUCUCCCGGUCUGGUCUCUGGGAGAGGGUGCCCUCCUGUGAGCGAUCAGGGACCUGCCGUUGCCCCACCUCAUGGCUCUCCCGGAGCUGGCUGGAUGUGAACAGUGGAUCUGUUUCAAUAUUUCAGAAAUGCAUCCGUGCUUGAUUAUUGCAGGUUUAGUAAAACAAACACUUUUACUGAGCAACAUUAAGUCAAUCAGAUUUCUAGUUUUCCACAUAUAGCAUAUCGUCAUGCUGAAGUCAGAUUAGGAACGGAUGUGUCAGGUAUAUUUUCUACAAGGGAUCCGGUAAAUACUGAUUAAAAUCUACAACGUUCAGGGAAUGUGUUUUUGUUUUUGUACUUGGCACUUUGUAACUGAAAACCUGGAGAGACAUUUAGGGAAGACAUGCAAACAAUGUGUGGACAAAAUAAACACCUUUCAGUAUAAUGCAGUCUGAUGCAAUAACACUAAAACCAAUAAUGACAAACUUAGGAAGUUUGUUCUUGGAUAAUAUCAAAUCUAUUCAUUUCAAGUUUAUUUCUUUUUCCCCAAUAAUGUAUGAUUAUUCAGUUGAAGGCCUCAAAAAAGACUAUAUGGAGGAAAACCAAGAAAUCCUCCAGGUCCAAAACCAAAAUGGCAGUGGAGACAAAAAACACAUUUUACAGAAGGAAUACCCACCUGAUAGAAACAAUUUCAAUUCUUUGUCAGUUGAAGUAGAAUAGUGUUUUCUACAAUAAUAUACAACCUAUUUGUCCCUAGAACCAAACUUUUAGUCCAGCUUGUUUGUCAUUUUAAUUCCUGAGGAGGUUGUUGAAGCUUUUUCCAUAAAAAAUUUAAUUUUUGUUUGUUGUAUUAAGUGAAGUUUUCUUUACUGAUUUAUAUCCAUUUAAUUUAUUGUCAUUUACCGUUAAUCGAUAGACUGACGUUUUCACAACUCUAAAAUGUAGAAAGAUCUUUGGAAUAUUUCAAGAUUUUAUUAAUUUUUCUGUGUUUGCAUUCUUUAAUGUGCAAAUUGAAAAUGCAAGUAAUUAUAAGCUGGAUGGAAACGCUCCUCUGUGUGCCAUAUCCUGUUUAUUAAUCUAAUGUUAAAGUUUUAUGUUAUUUGCGACCACUUCAGUAAAACAAAAUGAUGUAACAUGAAUUUACAUCAUGUGAGAACAACAAUUUUAUGGAUUUACCUCAUAGUGAAAUGAGUGUGUAUGUUUAAGGUUUUUUUUGGAAGUAGUGGAUCUACAAUGCAACAAAUAGAAAAUACAUACUGAACAAACUCCAAGUGAAACCACACUGCACAGCUAUUGCACUGGAUUGCAUUAUAAGGUCAUGUGUUUUUCUAUAUUUUACUUUGUCCUCUUUUUGCUGAGGUUUCACUUGCGAAGUUCUUAUUUUUACCUCCCUUUGUAACCCUAAAGGUAGUAACUGUGCCAUUUUGAAGAUAGUUGAAGAACUAGAAGUACAUUCUUUAAUUAUCAUCCCCAUUUGUCGUUAAAAGAUAACCUCUUCUCUGUGAUGCCAUUUGUGAUGAUAAAUUAACUGCUGGAUGUGUUUGAAAAUUAAGAUGUGUUUUCUUGCUGUGUGUGCUGCAUGCAAUAGACAAAAAAAUGUUCAUUUGUCAACGACAGCACUGUUGUAACGCGUUGUGUGUCUGCACAACAUCAAACGGUUAAAGCAAUCUGUGCAGGCGAAUGAGAAAUAUUAUUGGUCAUAUGUUCUCAGUUGGAGCUGGUUUCCACACAAAUGAUUAAUGAGAAUUUACUAGGUUCUAUGUUCUUUAUGGUUUUUUGUUUGAUUAAAGGGAAUGAUAUCAUUAUUGUGAUUAUUAUACUGUAACAGCCUCUUAAUCAAAAGCAUGUUUACUCUUAUUAUACUCUGGGGUGUGUUCACAUGUCUGUGUUAGUCCAUUGCAACAUCAACAACCCUGUAGCACAAAUUGUGCACAUUCCUCUAACCCUUUACAGAGUUCUGUAAAGGAGCAUUCAGCAGGUUUCUGUAAAGUUUUGACAUGUAGUUAAAACAUCACAGCAAUGGUAGAAAUAGAACAGAAAAUGACAACACAGGGUUACUAAUGUAUCACACGUGCUGGAGAUUGUAUGUUUGUUUGAACUGUUUUCAUACAUUGGCCAUUGAUUGUGACCUCAGUAGGUCCAUCACAGGACAUGUAGAAAUGUCAUUUCUAAGGCAAUCUAAUGUUUGGUUUUUUUUGUUCUUUUCCUUCAGGGCUGGAUAGAGACUUAAAUUCAGGUUAUUACAGCCUGAAUAUAUAACUCUUAUGCUAGACUGUGCAAAGAUGUUCCUUUUGUUACCUAACGUGACACAGAUGUGGCCGUUUUCAACCGCAUCUAAGUUCAGGGUAUUAAAGUCACUUAUAUUAAAGUUUACUCAGAAUCUCAGUGUACAAUAAAACAAAAAAUACACCGGUCAACCAAAUUAGAACUAAAUCUGGUUAAAACUUUUGUAGCAUCUCCAGCUGAACUCAAUAAGAACUGUUGAAGUAAUCCCUCGCCUUGUUGACUUGCACUAUUACGGCCUUGUUCAAUACAUUUGUGAUCAUCAAUAAAGAAGUAAAACAUG